AUGUGUUAGACAGGCAAAGGAUAACCAGUGUAGAAAUAUAUUUUUGUUUUCUUGGAAGGAAACUGUUUUUGUUAGACAUUAUGUUGAGCAGGUUAGACCCGCUUGAAAAUAAGUUGUGAUCACGUUUAGGGUCCUUUUUAGUUUCUUAAGUUGCCUCACUUCAAUAUUAUGCAUAGUCAUUUGAGUUACAUGGUAUUUAUAGUUCAUUUAUUAUUUAGUCUUAUGCUUGUUUAAUUACGCUGUGAUUUGUCAAGCCGUACAGAAAUACGUUCUGCUGCAGGACAAUGCAUAAUAUAAUUGUACUUGGUUGAGUACACUAUAUGUGUGCUUGUCACUGACUAACGAAAGAUAGGUAAGACACUAACAGUUUAAGUAUACAUAAAUACAAACUACUGCAUUUUAAUUAGAAAUCCAUCAUUUCUCAAAUCGGAUACUGACACAAUUCUAUUCCACUGGUUUACUCUCCAGAAGUGUGUCAUUAUUUUACUCAAUAACAUUGUUUUAAGAAGGGACAUCAACAAAUAGCGUCACAGGUUAAAAAUUGCACAGUUAAUUAAAGACAGACUUUUAGAAAAGAAUGAGGAGAUCGACCGAUUUAAUUCAUGUCCAAAAUAAACUCAUAUAAAUAAUGUCUUUCACGGUAAGAAUAAUACAAUGUUAUCAUAAUAAAGGGGUGGUGAAUCAUUCCGUAAUGUAUUAUUUUGUAUUAAUGUUGCUGUAUUUAUUGUUUUGAUUAAUGCUAAUUUACGUCACUACAGUAUAUGUACACCGCUCCUAACAAUUUAUUUAUUUCCCACCUUGUUCGUUCGGCACUGUUAUUUCCGACAGCACCUAAAGGCAACAUCAGUCCCUACUGUUUACGAUAGCCAUUGGCUUUACCAAACAGAUUUGUCACCGUUGUGAUCAUAAAGGCAGCUAUCAAUCAACUCGUGGGCAGCGGAGGAUGGACGGAUGAUUGGAACCAAGCUAGCAAUGACUUUAAUACUUAGUAUUUUAUACGGAGGUCAUAUUAUCUAGCUAGAGUUAACCAGCAAGCUAACUUAGCACUGAUGGUCACUGCACCUUCUGAUCUGAACUUCGUUAUUAGCAAACAAUUUCCCUUUUAUUGAACCCAGUGUUAACCGUGUAAUCACGAGCUAUAGUUCAGUAGCUUGCUGCUCUGUGUUUGAGGAUGGACACGUUUGUAGUGCGGCUUCCCAAGAGGGAAACACCUGUGAAACCAAAAAGCACCGAAAAGGUUUACAAACAAGCAACUAUUGAAUCUUUGCGGAGGGUGGUUGUGAUUGAGGACAUCAUGCGCUACAAGUCCAUCCUGGAGCUGCCAGGACAGAGCGAGGACAACCUGCUGACCGCCUUGACGGAGCUGAGCAAGAAGAUCCCAUCCAGGGAGGUGCUCAAGUCCACGAAAAUAGGUCACAUGGUCAACAAAAUGCGGAAGCAUCUGGACCCUAAGGUGAGUUCAACGGCUGCAAAGGUUUACACUGACUGGAGGACAUUCAUUGAGGAGAAUUCCAAUAAGCCGGCUAUUGAAGUGCGCUCCGACAAAAAAUCUGAAGGAAUCCGGAGCAACGCAAGAAGACUAAUGUCUGAGACCCUGGAGGUCAAGGAGGAUUGUGUUCUUAUCGACAACAUUGAGAGAGAAGUGUUUCACCAGAGCUCCCGACUCGUCAGCAUUUCAUACAGACGAACUGUUCGAGCGCUGGUGUUUGCCUUCAGACACAACCCUGAUACUCGAACUCAAGUGAAGGACAACACCAUAUCAGUCAACCAGCUGGUUUCUAAAUACAAGAAAUAACUGGUAGACUUCUGGUUGUUUUAAUUUAAAUCUGUCAUGGUUCUCUUGAUCCAGACACAUUCCAUAUUUUAGAAAACGUUUUCUUUAUUUUCUGUAAAGGAGAUAUAAAAUAUGUGUUACACUUUGUGGCACAUUAGCAGCCUCACAAUUUAUUUAUACAUGCAUGGAUAAAGAAGUACUUUAUUGUUGGUGGUAAUGAUCAUGUCAUCCCUUUUGUACUGGAAUCAAUCAGUUUUUUGUUUGUUGAUGUGUUUUUAUACUGUUGGUGAACAUUUUUAUAUAAAAUAUGAUUGAAAAUAA